AGCAAUGUGCAGAUUAUGCCUCAUUGCCUUAUUGAGUUCAAAAUGAAAUGGCUGGUGGUUUGCUUUAUUCUCGCGCUUCGUUCAUACGGGUCGCUUGGCCAGGAUUUGCUAGAUCCGAACUGUGUGCAAACACCAGUUGGAGUCCGCAGGCAAAUUUUAGGAGGUCAUAAUACUGAUAUACAGUCGCAUCCAUGGAUGGUACAGAUACUCCAAAGGGGCUAUCACUACUGUGGCGGCUCACUGAUAAGCUCACUAUUUGUUCUGACAGCAGCGCAUUGCGAAAGCCAAUACCGUUUGAAAGUGCGUUUGGGUGGAUAUAAUGGCAAUACGCCCAGAUACGACUGUUCAAGCGAAUAUUGCUCACCAUUAGGCGCAGAAAUCGACGUGGAGCGGAUAUUUUCGCACCCGUUCUACGGUGAAUAUCAUAAUUAUGAUAUUGCCUUAUUUCUGCUGGCCCAACCCGUAAGAUAUAAUUUUCAAAUAAGACCGAUCUGUGUGCUGAAAACUUCGAACGAGGACAAAUUGCGACGAUUUCUGAACUAUGUUAGCACGUUUAAUGUGACCGGCUGGGGCAAAACGGAAUCUGAAAACACGAGCACAACACUUCAGACAGCUAGUUUGUACCACCUGUAUCGCGGAUACUGUGUCCAAAUCUUCGACCGGGAAAUAGGCUGGCCACACAUCUGUGCUGGCCAUUCGCAAUCCUUUACGUGCGCCGGCGAUUCUGGUGGUCCGUUGAGCGCGGAGCUUACCUUUUCGGGAGUGAAACGCCCCUAUUUGUUCGGAAUAAUCAGCUAUGGGGCUCCUAAAUGUCGUGAAGCUACCGUAUUCACGAAUGUUUUACAUUACACAAGCUGGAUUAGAGAAGUUGUGCACAAGUUCACUCCCAUUUAAGAUUUGCAG